UUGAUUUUAGAAUGAUUGUCAUCAUUGCUUCCUCUGUAAUAUAGUCUUGCUCUAAACUAUGCAAUCAUCAUCAAUGAGGGGUUAAAGUUUUUGGAAGGUUUGACUAUGAAAGAUAUGCUUUUUUUUUCCUGCAUUUCUGAGCUUUUGUUCAGUGUCUGUAAGUAAAUGUGUUCUUUCUUUAUUUCGGGCAUUCGGUUAACUUCAAAAUUCCACUUUUGCAGAAUACCACCCUCCAAAGAGCAAUAUUUUCAUGGAAAAAUCUUUUCUUGCAAUAAAAAAAUUACAUAAUUUUACCAGAGAAGGUGUUCGAUCAUCUGGCACAUCAUUUACAGUUCUAAUAUUAAAAAAACUAGCCGUUUUAUUCUGCUAAAUGGUUUGGGGCGCUUCGAGUUCGUCAUGAUAGCGAGUUUAACACCAAUGCAAGCUUCAGAUAUUCAAAAAAAUUCUGUCAAAUCCCAGCAAUCACAGCCUGUUCACAACUCCAUGCAUUUGAAACAAAUAAGCCCCAAUCAUCUUCCUCCCAACAACAAAUCUUCACUCAAUGAAUCUCAGAUGAGAAACUCAUCCCCUCAGUCGAGUAAUUUACGGUACUGCACACUUGAAUCCUCUUCAGCAGUCGCCACUCACACCCACAGCUCUCCCUCAACCUCCAGUUUCUCUUCAUCUACCGAAAGCCAUUCAGAUGCCGCUUCUGAAUCUCCUGUGAGCGCUUCAUGUCUAACUGAAGAUCUGAAUGACAAGUUAAGGGAGCUAGAAAGCGCGAUGCUUGGGCCUGAACUGGUUGUGUUAGAGAGCUUCGAUACCUUCAAGAUUCAAAUGGAGAUUCCAAACAGGGAUCUCCGGCAGGUGCUCGCCGCCUGUGCUUACGCCAUCGGUGAAAACAACUUCACCACUGCCAAAUGGCUGAUCGCAGAGCUAAAACAAAUGGUCUCGGUUUCGGGAGAACCAAUCGAACGAUUAGGAGCUUAUCUGCUGGAAGGACUCGUCGCGCGUCUUUCUUCCUCGGGGAGUUUGAUCUACAAAGCUCUGAAAUGCAGAGAACCAACUAGCUCUGAGUUUCUGUCUUACAUGCAUAUUCUAUAUGAGGUCUGCCCUUACUUCAAAUUUGGCUAUAUGUCUGCCAAUGGUGCCAUUGCUGAAGCCGUGAAGAAUGAAGAUAGGAUCCACAUCAUCGACUUACAGAUCGCGCAGGGAACGCAAUGGGUGACUCUAAUCCAAGCCCUAGCUUCCAGGCCCGGUGGACCGCCUCAUGUCAGAGUAACAGGGUUCGAUGAUUCUUUAAACGCUUACGCCCGCGGCGGCGGAUUAGAGAUUGUGGGGCAAAGACUGUCGCGGUUAGCCGAAUCAUGCAGGGUGCCAUUUGAGUUCCAUCCGGCAGCGAUGUCUGGCUGCGAGAUCGAGCUCGAGGAUCUCGGAAUCCGGCCGGGGGAAGCCUUGGCCGUAAACCUAGCUUUUCAACUUCAUCACAUACCUGAUGAGAGCGUGAGCACGACGAACCACCGCGACAGGCUUCUGAGAUUCGUGAAGAGUCUUGCGCCGACGGUGGUGACGCUCGUCGAGCAAGAAUCUAACGCCAACACCGCCGCCUUUUUUCCGAGAUUCAUCGAGACUCUGGAUUAUUACACGGCCAUUUUCGAAUCGAUUGAUGUAACUCUACCGCGUGAGAACAAGGAGAGGAUUAAUGUGGAGCAGCAGUGUCUGGCGAGGGAUAUUGUUAACAUAAUCGCCUGUGAAGGGAAGGAGAGGGUGGAGAGGCACGAGGUUCAUGGGAAAUGGAAGGCGAGGUUUAGAAUGGCGGGGUUUGCGCAGUAUCCGUUGAGUUCAUUGGUGAAUGGUACAAUCAAGUCGUUGUUGGGGAAUUACAGUGAUAAAUAUAGUCUGGAGGAGGUGGAUGGAGCUCUGUAUCUCGGAUGGAGGCAUAGGGCUUUGGUUGUCUCCUCUGCGUGGAGAUGAAGUUGGAUUAAUCAGAUUUGUGGUGUUUUCUAAAAAGGACUCUUUUUUUUUUCUUGGUUUUAGUUGUGGGACUCGUAGUUUGAUCAUAAUAUCAGGCUUAGUUUGCAGUGAUGUUAAGAGUUAUGCGUUAAAAAAAAAGAUUAUUUGUGGGUUCUCUUUUUGGUAAA